UUCGAUAGCUAUUCUUAUUCCGCGUAAUGGAGUUUCUUUUUUUUUAUUAUUAUUAUUAAAAAAAGGGCAUAAAGAAGCACCGGAAGAAAAUGGAAAGGGACAUUUUUUUUCAUUUAUGCCGCUUUUUCCACUAUUUGUUUUUAUUGAGGUCAAAAAUAUGUAUCAGAGAUUCUUCUAUGGCAAAUUCAUAGAGGCUUCAUAACUAAAGUACCUCAGAUAUUGAGAGGUAAUCAGUUGUUCUGUUUAGGAGCUCAUUAGAGCAUCUCUACACUAUUUUUUUGGAUUAAGUUUCAAUUUUUUUUUACUCUUAUUCAUUGAAGAUCGAAAAGCAUGGAUGACAAGAAAUUGAAAAAUCCCUCGUCUCAAUCAAACUUCGUUCUAACCAGCUUUGUUAUCUUUCUCGGUUUUGCAGGCAGUUUUGCUUUACUCAAUAAUGCGAAAGGAAGACCGCUUUUGAAAUUCUGCUUUAACUCAAGGGAUCAAUUCGUGUCUGCACAAUGCGUCUUAUGUGACUUUUACAAAUUUUCAGCAACAGUGCUUGGAUGCAAUGGACGGACGUCAGCAUUGAUGAGUAACAUUACAUCAACUGAAGCUGUAUGCAUUAUCUCUAAUUGCUUACAGCAAGUUCGGCAAGCUCAACCUCAGUUUACCGGUCGUCGACGAAGAGAGGCGGAUUCGCCUGAUGUUUUAGCCAGUGCGGAUCAAGCAAGCGAAGUCGAGGAAACUGAAGAGCCAGAAAUUCUUGAUGAAAAAGAAGAACUGAAGAAAGCAUAUCCUUCAGUGUCUGAAUUCAUGAAGAGAUACACACUUGAUGAUGAUGCGGUAAAAGAUCUUGAAGAGCAAGUUGUUGAUAAAAUUGAAGUAAUGGUGGCUGAAGGGGAGGAAGAUUAUGAAUAGUUCUCAGAGGCAAUUUUGACAGCUGUUAUCUGAAGAAAAAAUAACACCAUGCUAGAUAAAUUAUUUUUUUCUGCACUAUUUAAUUUAGAUCACUAUUUAAAAAUAGAACACUG